AUGGCGCUCUCUCGGACUGUAAUAACGCGGAAGUUAGUGAUAUUUGCGGCAAUUUUGAACUGUACAUGCAUUUCAACAGAGACAAACGGUGACUUUUCUCAAUGCGAAGCAGAUGUUGAAAUCGAAGAGAAGAAGUGUAGUCGGAAUCAAAUUUGGUACAGUGCGUUUCAUAGACACGAUUUGAUCGCUUCCCUGGACAGCUGGGGGUUUUCAGACAGUCGACUGCUCGAUAAUUUUGAAGUUGAACUGGAAGAAAGGAAUUAUGUGAGACAAGUUAAAAAUGUUUUAUUUUCCAAAGUUCUUCCGACUCCAUUGCAAACUACAGUCAAGCUCGUAGCAGUCUCUUCUGAUUUACUAGAGAAUGUUCUGGACCUAGAUAAGUCGAUCAGUGAAACUGAACACUUCCUAACGUUUGUAAGCGGUAACACUAUACUUCCAGGUUCUAUACCUAUAUCUCAUAGGUAUGGCGGUCACCAGUUUGGUGAAUGGUCUGACCAGUUGGGUGAUGGGAGAGCACAUUUACUGGGAGAAUAUGUUAACAGGAAUGGGGACCGAUGGGAACUACAGUUGAAAGGUUCAGGACUGACUCCGUACUCCAGACGAGGUGAUGGCCGAGCAGUGUUGAGAUCCUCUAUAAGAGAAUUUCUGUGUAGUGAAGCUAUGUAUCAUCUAGGUAUUCCAACAAGCAGAGCUCUCAGUGUCAUUGUCAGUGGUGAUCCUGUAUGGAGAGAUCAGUUUUAUGAUGGACAUGCUAAAACAGAGAAGGCUGCAGUUGUGCUACGAUUGGCUAAAAGCUGGUUCAGGAUUGGUUCACUUGAAAUACUUGCUAUGAAACGUGAAAUUAAAUUACUACGGAGAUUAACAGACUUUGUGAUUGAGAAUUACUUUCCUUCCAUUGAUAUUUCCGAUGAGAAUAAAUAUUUAUCGUUAUUCUCUGAGAUUGUGUCUCAAACAGCAGACCUGAUGGCACGAUGGAUGUCGGUUGGUUUUGCUCAUGGAGUGAUGAACACAGAUAAUUUUAGUUUACUCUCCAUCACUAUUGACUAUGGGCCAUUUGGUUUCCUUGACGACUACAAUCCGAGCUUUAUUCCUAACACAUCUGAUGACGAGGGCAUGUACAGCUAUGAAAACCAACCGGACAUUGGACAUUUUAAUAUGAACAGGUUGAGAGCCGCAUUGUGGCCAUUAUGGAACAAUAAACAAAAGCAGCUGUCAGAGAUGAUUCUUCAGGGCUACAUCGAUAUAUACAAGACGAGAUUUAUGGAGAUUUUUCGAGGCAAACUUGGAUUCCUUAGUACUGAUGACAAAGAUGAAUAUAUAAUUGGGUUAUUAUUGAAGAUGAUGGAAGACACCAGAACUGAUUUCACGAUGACCUUCAGACAACUUGGAAACCUAACAUUUCAACAUAUUCAAAAUAACAAUGUUUCUGAUGCCCUGUGGGCUUUGAAAACAUUACAGCUACAUGAAAAGUGGAAUAAUUGGCUGCAAUUGUACUAUGCAAGAAUCACAAGCGAAGACGAUACAGAUGUAAAAAGAAUGAAUCGCAUGAACAAUGUAAACCCGAAAUACAUUUUACGAUACUGGAUGGCUGAAUCGGCAAUACGAAAAGCUGAAGAUAACGACUUUUCAGAAGUUCAAAAGUUGUUGGAAAUUUUACAAGCUCCUUACACUGAACAGUUGGACAUGGAGCCGACAGGUUAUGCAGACAGGCCACCCGAAUGGUCAAAAAAACUCAAAGUUAGUUGUUCUUCCUGAGAACAUACACACAGCGAUAAAACCAUGUUACGAUAUCAAAGGCGGGAAAUCAGUUAUCACCUGUCACUGUUGAGAAUGAUUUGUCAUGUAAGAUUUAUACCCCUCUGGUAUAUAUACUCAGUCAACACACAACAUGUACAUGUAUUAAAAUGUACACUGAACGAUAAAUUCGUCAAAGAUAUUAUAUUUCAAUAAAUUUCCCAUUAUGAUAUACAAGUAGCCGCUGCAGACUGAAGUAUUUUAAUAAAAUUUCAAAUACGACUAUAGAUCUUA